UUAGUUCGUCGUUGAUGUGUUGCUAUGACAUAAGUCUUAUAAGGUUUUAAGUGGAAAACCUGCUGGAAAAAGUUUGCAUAUACUUUCUGUUAAAAUAUAAAGAAAAUGGCCGAGAGUUCUAAUGCUUCAAAACCACAUGGAGCAUCUUCAAGUGCUUCUAGCGUCCAGGAGUACAUUGUGAAGAUGCCAAAGAAUAAAAACAAGAAGUUUAAUGUGAUGCGAUUCAAUAGUUCUCAGAAGAUAGAUGUCGCCAAAUGGACUUCGGUAAAAAUGGAGCGAGAAAACAAUUUGAAAGAGUUUAAAUCAGAGGAAGAUUUACCAAAGUAUGGAGCUGGGAGUGAAUUUGGUAGAGAGCAGAGAGAAGAAUCUCGACGGAAAAAGUAUGGGAUUAUUUCUAAGAAAUAUAAUCCUGAUGACCAACCUUGGAUUUUAAAACUUGGAGGAAAAGGAGGAAGAAAGUAUAAGGGAAUUCGUGAAGGAGGAGUCACUGAAAAUGCAUCUUACUACGUUUUUACUCAAGCAGCAGAUGGAACUUUUGAAGCAUAUCCGGUUGAAGAGUGGUACAAUUUUACUCCUAUUCAGCGCUACAAAGCUCUGAGCGCUGAAGAAGCUGAAGAGGAAUUUGGGAGAAGAGACAAAGUGUUGAAUUAUUUUACCAUCAUGGUCCGGAAACGUUUACAGAAGGAAACCCCGGAUGAUGAUGAAGUGGAUGGGGAACAGAAAAGUAACAAGAAGAAAACAAAAAAGCAACCCAAAGAAUUU